UUUUAAAGUGCCUAACAACUUCCCUCUAAUUCGGGUCCACAAUUUGAAAUGGAGUUGUUAAUUGAACCAGGCGACCCAUUUGUUCCGACCCGACCCGAUAGAGCUUCUAAAUUCAGAAACGGAGAGUGUUCGUCUCACUUCCGGGUGAAAAUGGCGGCAUCAUUCAGAUGGAUACUACAGCUACACAAGGAUGUACCAAAAGCAGCAAGAUUUUACUCAGAUGGUUUGGAUUUCUCCAUUAACGUCUGUACUCAUAGAUGGGCUGAGCUCCAAUCUGGGCCCCUCAAACUUGCUCUCAUGCAUUCAUCAAGCUCUGGCAGGAUAAAGGUUAUAGGCGUUCUAGAUAAUGAUGCAAACCUCACUCAAGCUCCUUUGGAGUAUCUGAUAUUGAGCUGGAUACUCGUGGGCUGUCAGACAGAAGAUCAUAUCUUGGAUCAGAUUCUUAAGCUGUGAUGAGUGUUCAGAAAGUCUAGAACCACAUCCGUACAAGCUGAAGAGUUAGAACAUUCUAGCCCUUCUAGUGCAAGUGUGCAACUAUGGUCUAUGAACCAUCUAGUAUAUGUACUAAGGCCGGUUCAGUGUGUACAAGGAUGAUUUGUUGUUUGAAAGAGUUUAUACUUGUCAAGAUAAGGUCGAGUUAUAAUAAACCUCAACUCUUACUGCAUCACCUUCACAGUCCUGGACAUCCAUCUGCUUAGUUUAGAGUUCUGUUUUGCUUUUGGAUAUAUGGUAAGCGUAGUUUGAUAUCCUUUGAUUACUCUAUUCUGUGGUUUGUAUUCCGUUGCAGUUUUAGUCAUUGCUCCUUUAUCCAAUCAUCUCUCUUCUAAUAUGAGAAUAUGUGUGAUGACCCUAGGAUCUUUUUCUUUUUUGUUCUUCUGUCAUAACUUCAUUCAGUAGUCUUCACAAGGUUGUUGCUUCAGGUUUUAGUCUGCGUCUAAAACCGGCACAUUAACUAUGACAAUGUCUGUCUUUGCUUACUGAUUAAAAUUAUUUCAUAUCAAUUGGUCACUUUUUUCUGUUUGUGCUUCUGUUUUUCUUUUGUUUGUUUAUUGAAAAUCAUACAACUGGUUAGCUGCUAACUUC